AUGAAUGAUAAAUUAUUAAUAAUAGGACCACCAAAUUCAAAUAAAUUCACUCUUUUACAAAAAAUUUUCCAAAGUAUACCAAAAAUACCCAAAUCUCAAUCUCAUCAAGGUUUAAUCCAUCCAAUACUUUUAGAAACAAAACAUUAUUCUACAAAGAUAGAUAUAUGGAUUGAUGAAUAUUCAUCAAUGAAAGAAUGGUCUGAGGGGUUUAUGAGUGAUGAAGCUCGGGAGGUUAGAGAAGUUAUAAAUGGAAUAAUAUGGUGUUUUAAAUUUGAUCAAGGUUUUAUACAAAUUGAAAAUGAAUUAAAAGAAUUUAUGAAAUUAAUUGAAUGUUUUAGGGAUGAUAAUGAAGGUGAAUGGGGAGGAAUGAUUGUGGCAAUGGGGAAAGGUGAAAUUGAAGAAGAUGAAAGAUUGAAGUAUGAAGAUUUAUUUAUAAUUAAUGGGAUUGAGUUUAUAGAUUCUUCACAGGAAGGUCGUAAUGAAUUUAAUGAAUUACAAGGGUUCUCUAGAGUUAGAGAAAUUAUUGAAUGUCAUGAUUGGGAUAUCCAGGAUAUGAAAGAGGCUACAGAGAAUAGUAACAUAGGGGCUGAUGGGUUUGAAAUUGAUGAUAUUUUAAAUAAAUUGGAAGGAGCUAAACAAGAUGUAUUGGAAUUACCUGAUGAUGAAAAGCAUGAAUAUAUAAUGAAAUUUAUUGAAAAUUUAAAUCUUUGA